GCUGGAUUGAAGCUUUUUAUUGCAGUUUUAAUUUGCAAUAUAAAUUUGACAGCAGAUUUGCGGCUGUCAAAAUCGAAUCCAACAUGGUGUCGUUUGAAUGCAAUCAAAAGAGAAUUUUGCACUGUUUGUAGUGGAGGGAAAGCGGAAGCGUCUGCCAAAGCGCGAAAUCACGAAGUGGAAACCGGUGUAUUAAAUACAGUACAAAGAUGAGUAAAAAAUCUUCUCUAUUUCCGCACGAUCCUAUGAUAUUGCCGCGUGUGAAGCAGUAUCUUGAGGAAAAUGUGCAUCAAACGUACGUGGACACGGGUGUAAUGGCACGAGAGCUGCAACAGCGCUAUCGUGAAUACCAUCGCCGCAAACAAAAUCCAUUCCGAUUGCUGGUGGAACAAGCGUACCGUAAAGUUCUGCAAAGCUACGGUCUCGAUAGUAACGCGUCCUCAGAGGUAGAAGAGGACGCCGCCUCAGAUGUGGAGCUGAUGGAUGAGGGUACGGAGAGAAAUCAAAUGAGCAACACGCUUACCAAUAUGUACAUGAACAAUCGAAACCGUGCCGCACCCUCACAGUCGGUACCGCCGGAUCAAUCCGGUACUGGAGCGGAUGGUGUUGCCAUCGACAUAAGCAGCGAUGAGGAAGAUGCAGAGGCAGCAGAUCCUGCCGAAGCUGCAGCUGGAGGUGAAUCAAACUACGUUCAAAAAUUCGUAGCGAGUAACAAACACGUAACAGUGACCAAGCUAACCCGGGUCAACAAAGCCCGCGAAGAGGAAUCAAGCAACGGUAGCGUUGAAAGCGGUGUAAAUGCAUCCGAAAAAAGUCAACCCGAAACCAAGCGUCGCCGACUGGAAAUGGCGAAUCCGCACGGGCCGGUACAAAAUUACACAAACGGACAAAUGAAUCGUACACCGAAACCAAAUGAGUCGAGCAAAUUAAGUAGGGCGGAUCAAACAACUCACGCUAUCGGUGGUACACCGGCAACAGCAGCUUCCGGUCAACGUACGAGAAAGUUUCGGAAAGAAAUCGUUUCUCGCAUGGUUGACAUUACCUUUGAAGAUGUCGGUGGAAUGGAUCAGGUAUUAAAACAUCUUUGCGAGCUUUUGCUGCAUGUGAAACAUCCGGAAAUAUAUCGAUACAUUGGAUUACCACCUCCGCGAGGCUUUCUGCUGCACGGUCCACCAGGUUCGGGGAAAACCCUUCUCGCUAGGGCUAUUGCAGGGCAAUUACACAUAUGUUUGAUCGAAAUACCAGCCACGGAGCUUGUAGCGGGUGUGUCCGGUGAGUCGGAAGAAAGAAUACGGGAUGUAUUUGAACAGGCAGCCGCACUAGCACCGUGCGUACUAUUCAUCGAUGAAAUUGAUGCCAUUUCGUCGAAUCGCAUCAACGCACAGAAGGACAUGGAACGGCGCAUUGUUGCCCAGCUGCUGAGCAGCUUAGACGCGCUCGGGUCGCAGGAUGGUGGCGAAGGUGUAAUCGUCAUCGGUGCAACCAACCGGGCCGAUGCUCUCGAUCCGGCCCUGCGACGUAUUGGACGUUUCGAUCAAGAGAUUUCACUCGGCAUUCCGGACCGAACGGCUCGCACACAGAUUUUGCGUAUCAUUUGCCGUAAGUUAAAGAUCGGUGAUACGAUCGAUUACGGCGAGCUGGCUAAGCUUACGCCCGGAUAUGUUGGAGCCGAUUUGUUGGCACUUGCUACGCGUGCUGCUAAUAAUGCUAUCAAGCGGCUUUUCACCCAGCAGGAGUGGAAAAUGUUGGAAAAAGCGGCUCCAAGUGUGGACGAGGACGUAGUGGCCAUAGACGAUGAACCGGAAGAGGUGGUAAAUAUUGACGAUGAAAAAGAGGAUCAAAAGGAAGCAGAAAUUAAACCGUGCGAGGAAGCAGACAAAACGGACGCUCCCAAGACCAUCGAAAGCAACGGUGAGGAAACGAAAGUCGAAACCGAACCGGAUGUUGCUGUUGCCGAUUCGACACAAGUUACUGAACCGACGGCAGCUGAUGUUCCGCAGGAGAAGGUAACUCCAGAGAAGGAAUCUACCAGUGAGACGAAUGGCGAAAAGAUGGAUGUGGAUGCGGAACAAAUACCUACGGUUUCUACGGAAGCAACCAAUAAGAAAGAUGAAAAUAUGGCCACCGUCGAACAAGACCAUCAGAUGGAAGAUAAAACGAGCGAUAAUCAAACCGGAUCAGCCGAGACACCUACCGUGCAACCGGCCGUGGUUGAAUCAACGAUGGAAGAGGAUAGUGUUAUUGCGCCAAAAAUCACCCCACAGCAGGAACUCACCCUCGAGCAGAUGCUCGAAUUGCUGCUCAACCAACAGAAUGCGCUACCGAUGGAGGAUUUGGAAGGAUUAUGCAUCGAGCGGGAUGAUUUCAUGGAGUCACUGAAAACCGUACAACCGUCAGCGAAGCGCGAAGGUUUCAUCACCGUACCGGACGUAACGUGGAACGAUAUCGGCUCACUGGGUGACAUUCGGGAGGAACUAAAGCUAGCGAUAUUGGCACCGGUUAAGUUCCCGCAACGUUUAAAGCUGCUCGGACUAAACGCUCCGUCCGGUGUGUUACUCUGUGGACCUCCGGGUUGCGGUAAAACUCUCCUUGCCAAAGCGGUCGCCAAUGAGGCAGGCAUAAAUUUCAUCUCAGUCAAGGGACCGGAAUUGUUAAAUAUGUACGUUGGUGAAUCCGAACGGGCCGUACGGCAAUGUUUCCAGCGGGCUCGUAAUUCCGCACCGUGUGUGAUCUUUUUCGACGAGUUUGAUUCUCUCUGCCCGAAACGGUCGGAUACCGCUGAAAGUAGUGCGGGUUCGCGCGUUGUGAACCAACUGCUAACGGAGAUGGAUGGUAUCGAGGAGCGCAAGGGUGUGUUUUUGAUGGCUGCCACUAACCGACCGGACAUCGUCGAUCCGGCCGUACUACGCCCGGGCCGUUUGGAUAAGAUACUGUACGUGGGACUGCCGGCGCUGGAUGAUCGGGUGGAUAUAUUGCGUGCGCUGACAAAGAACCGCACCCAACCACCAUUGGCCGAGGAUGUGGAGUUUGAGAAGGUGGCCGAACUAACCGAUGGAUAUACCGGUGCCGAUUUGGCCGGGCUUGUACGGCAAGCUUCGCUCCAAACGCUUAAGGAUUCGAUCGUGACAAGCGGAGCUGAGGAGCGUGUGGAUGCGUCUGGCCAGCAACAGAAUGAAGCAGAGCUGUGCCCAAGCAGUUUGGUGGUUCGGUUCGAACAUUUCACGCAAGCGAUACGAAACACCAAACCAUCGGUUAAUGCAGAGGACAAAAAACAUUAUGAAAAGUUACGGCUCAAGUAUGGCGUAAAUUUGUUGGCUUAAAGUGACGGUAGGCCAACAGUUAAUGAAUUAUCACAACGCGACUGUAUAGAUUUAACGUAAUACUACACACAUGGAAGGCCAAAUUCGUGUUCCUUUUUUUAUGCGAUUGGUAUCAAAGUGAAAAAGGAGUCUGUUAGGAAUUUUUUAUCUCAUCCCGAAGGUGCGUACAGAAAGUUCAAGUUUAAUAACCGAUUGUCGUGCGCCCUGCCCUGGCCCAUGUGUAACCGUAUGAAUUACAAAUAAAAACAAGUGAUCGUACUGCCUAAGAACGGCCGAUUUGGA